GUGAUCAUGGUGCAUGGCGCCCGAUAAGCGAAACAACACAAAUCAAGGAUAAAAACAUCAUAAUAUUAUAUCGAAGAAGGAACAACUGGUUGGAUUUUUAUGUCGACAACUCUGGUUACAAGACGUGAACUCAUGGAGAAAAUGUUCAAGUUUGCUCUGCUCAUCUGCCUUGGUUUUCUACCCGAUGUCGUCAGUAGCACUGGUUCCCUUGAUCUGAGUAUUGUCGGCUAUGAGAAAAAAUGGACGAACGACGCCAACUGCAAGAACACUGGCUUUGUAAUGGGGACAUUUGCAGACAGAGCUGCACACGAGGAGGGCAGGUGCACCCACGACACUUUGUUUCAAUCUAAUUCAAGUGCGGACUGUAGCCAAUCGUCAUCAUGGCAAGAGACGUGCCAACUGUUCGGGUACCCCUGCCAGAUGAGCGCCUGUGGGAACAGCACACGUACCCAGGGGAAGUGUUCCUGCUCUACCGGCAACCCCAUCAUGAUCUUGUCCACCACCAGCCCGACCCUGGAGCGUCACUUCAAUGCUGAACUCAUGGAGCAAAGCCCUCAGAUGGGACAAGUCGAUACUCUGCUCUCUGUCGAAAACUCUGGAACCUUUGAGGAUAGAGCUGCGCGCAAAGAGAGCAGCUGCAUCCAGGUCACACCAUUUGUGUAUCUGUCAGCGGCAAUAAUUUAUCUGUAUGGGAAAAGUCCUCUCAUGAUGUCAUUGGUCCUGUUUCAACAAUUUCUUGUGAAUGCUGAUGCACGUUUCUCGUUAACAGACCUAACUGUGGAAGAAAAACUUAAAAUAAUUACAGGAAGGUGGGAUACGUGUUUGAAGGAUAGGGAAACAUGUUGGAAGGAGAGUGAAAACAAAAGUAAAGAAGUAAAAUCCAAGGAAUUAGAAAUAGCAGAUUUCAAGGAAAAGAUUGCAUACUAUCAACUAUCAAUAAUUGUUUUUUUUAUUGGAGGAUCCGUUAUAAUAUUUACACUCCGUCGUUCUCUUACCAUCGCCCGCCAAGAGGAAAAAUCAGCAAGCGAACAGGCCAGUUCUAACUUGAUUGCCCUCAAUGUUUGGAAAGAUCGUUAUAAUGCCCUCGUUAUAAUGAAAAAUCGCCUUUUACUUGAAGUGGAUAGAGUCCUCGAAGCACCUCUCGACGGCGACCAUGGUGAUGACCCAGCAGGAGAUGUAGUAGCAGGCGUACCGGAGCCAGCCAAUGGUGAACGUCUCCAGGUUCCACAGAUCCAGGGGGCUGACUGGGCACAGGUAGUGGGCCAGGAAACACGCGGACACGCCCAGCUGGAGGCACGUGAUCAGGAGGUCGGUCAAGGAGAAGCUGAACACGCCCACGGCCAUGCUGUUGUUGAGGCAGAGCCUGAGGAAGACCCGGAUGUUGAUGACGUUGCUGACCAGCCCGAGGCCGGCAACGACCAGGUGGACGGGGAUGGUCAGCGCGAGCUCCCUGCGCUUCAGCUGGUCAAGGUCAAUCGGUUCGGCUUCGCUCGCCAUCUUGGACGUUAUUCUGCUGCAGUUGUGCGGAGGGGGAGGGCGGAUUAUCCAAGCGUUAGGAUUAAGUCAUCCUCAGAACGAGCUCCAUCAGUGUCUGGGGGAUUUACGGGAAAUUAAAUAAAAAAAUAGAGGGCCGUACAGGCAACAAGUGGCCAACUAAUGCAUUUGUUGGACCAACGUAUUAGUAAUUGAUCAAUAUAUUUAGUAUAUAAAUCAUUAGAUAUUUCAUGUUGUUGAAGUCCUAAGUGAGAAUAUUUUGUAAUUUAGCCUACUCCAUUAAAAUCUUGGUUUAAAAACGUGUUUAAGGAUAUCUUGUAUUAUUAUAAAAUUCUGAGCUCAGUCAUAUA